UGUUCGUUCACUUCCGGUAAAAACAAGGAUGUAACCGCCAGUGCAGCAGUUUAUGUUGAGUUGUUAUUAUUAUUAUUGUUAUUUUUGUUAUUAUUCUGUUUGUGAGAUCAGGAUCAACUGGACGCUUUUAUAAUGUCCGAGUCUCCGGAUACUCGCAGUCUGGUGUCGGCGUCUUCACAGCUCAAUUUAAUGGAAAUAGAUGCUAUUGACGACAAAGAGUUCGACAUCCCUCAAGUGGACACUCCGCCGACCCUAGAGAGCAUUUUGAACGAGCCUGAAGAUGAAGAUGAACCCUUCGUCCUGGAGGACACAUGCCUUUUGAACACCGAGAACAUGGAUGCGCAUUCCUGUGAGACGUCGUCCCUCGCCAGUUCAGACAGUGGAGACCGGGCACACCUAAAGAGGAGGAGGAAGGCGGUAGAGACCAACGCAACGGUCCACGGCUCAGUCCUGAGACACAAUGUGCUGAAAGGCAUCUCGGCUCAGAUCGUCUCCGCUGCUGACAAAGUUGAUGCAGGAUUGCCAACAGCCAUCACAGUCUCCAGUGUUAUCGCCGUGGGAACGUCACAUGGCCUUGCUCUGGUCUUCGAUCAGAACCAGGCGCUGAGGCUGUGCUUGGGUACGACGGCCACGGGAGCAGAGUUCGGAGCGGUGUCUGCUCUCAGUAUUAACCAUGACUGCACACGUCUGCUGUGCGGCUUCGCUAAGGGACAGAUUACCAUGUGGGAUUUGGCUAACGGGAAGCUCCUGCGCACCAUUACCGAUGCCCACCCACCUGGAACGGCCAUUUUGCACGUGAAGUUCACGGAUCUACCGACGCUUGCUGUGUGUAACGACAGCGGCGGGUCUGUGUUUGAACUCUCAUUCAGGAGGGUGAUGGGGAUGAGGACGUGCGAGUCUCGGUGUUUGUUCAGUGGCAGUAAGGGGGAGGUGUGCUGCGUUGAGCCGCUGCAUGCAGCCCCUGAGCUUAAAGACCAUCCCAUCACUCACUACUGCCUGCUGGCCAUGGCCUCACUCACCAAGAUUCUAGUGAUCGGACUGAAGCCGUCUCUAAAGGUCUGGAUGACUUUUCCGUACGGCAAGACAGACCCUGCCAGCGUGCCCCAGUUGGCAUGGCAGUUUGUAGCGGCACAGAAAGCAGUGAACCCCAUCCUCGCCUUCUGUAGAGGAGACACUGUCCACUUCCUGCUGGUGAAGAAGGACGAAUCUGGAACUGUCCAUGUCAUCAAACAGCGACAGCUCCAACUCAACUGUGACCUUAUCAGUCUGACAUGGCUGAAUCCUCGCACGCUGGUGUUGAUGGACAGUGGAGAGAAGCUGCACGUGGUGGAUCGGCCCAGUCAGGAGGAGCUGGAAACUCUGGACCUGGCCGAGGUGCAGCUCGUCUACAACAGCAGUCAUUUCAAAUCGCUUGCUACAGGAGGCAACGUCAGCCAGGCCCUGGCUUUGGUGGGAGAGAAGGCGUGUUAUCAGUCUGUGUGCAGCUACGGAGGCCAGAUCGUCUACCUGGGAACAAAAUCUGUCCAUGUUAUGACCCUCAGAAACUGGAGAGAGCGCGUUGAUCAUUUAUUGAAGCAGGAGAAGUUUACAGAGGCGCUUUCUUUAGCCUGGUCGUUCCAUGAAGGCACAGCCAAAGCAGUAUUGGGUCUGUUCGGCGACCCUGCCAAGCGGAAGGGAGUGGUGGCUGACAAGAUGGUGGAGAUCUUGUUCCAGUAUGUAGAGCGCUCGCUGAAGAAGUGUCCCGAGCAGGGCAAGAUCCAGCUGCUGGAGCAACACUUCCAGGACAUGAUUCCUGUCGUAGUGGAUUACUGUCUACUCCUGCAGAGGACGGACCUGCUGUUUAACCAGAUCUACUCGAGGCUGGUGGAGAACUCGGUGGCUAAAGGCGUCUUCUUGGAGAGUCUGGAGCCGUACAUUCUGAGCGAGAGGAUCGGCUGCCUGACGGCGCCCGUCAUGAGGGACCUCCUCAGUUACUUCCAGGAAAAUGGUAUGAUGGAGAGUGUAGAGGGCUGCCUGGUGCACAUGGACAUCACCAACCUGGAUAUACAGCAGGUGGUGCAGAUGUGUUGGGAUAACCAGCUCUACGAUGCCAUGAUGUACGUGUUCAACAGUGGCAUGAACGAUUACAUCAGCCCCAUGGAGAAACUCUUCCAGGUGAUUGGUCCUCCUCUGCGAGACGGCAAACCUCUCACAGACGAACAGGUGGUCAUGGGAAAUAAGCUGCUCGUCUACAUUAGCUGUUGUCUAGCAGGACGAGCCUAUCCUUUAGGGGACAUUCCAGAAGACCUUGUGCCACAAGUUAAAAAUCAGGUGUUCGAGUUCCUGAUUCGUCUGCACUCGUUAGAAGCUGUCCAGGACGAGGAGGAGGUGUAUCCCUACAUCCGGACCCUGCUGCACUUCGACACCCGAGAGUUUCUCAACGUCCUGGCGCUGGUGCGGAUCGACAGUAACUACGUUAAAACCACAAAUACGUUCGAGGAUUUUAAGAACGACAAACAGGCUCUGGAGUACCAGCAAAGGAUUGUGGACAUUUUACUCAAGGUCAUGGUGGAUAACUCGGACUUCACCCCUUCCCAGGUGGGCUGCCUGUUCACCUUCCUCGCCCGGCAGCUUGCCAAACCCGACAACACCCUCUUCGUCAACAGGAAGUUGUUUGAUCAGGUUCUGGAGUUUCUGUGCAGUCCAGAUGAUGAUUCCAGACACACAGAGAGGCAGCAGGUGCUGUUGGAGUUGCUGCAGGUGGGAGGCAUGGUCCAGUUCGAUGAAGGACGACUCCUCACCUUGGCAGAAAAGGCAGAAUUCUAUCAGAUCUGUGAGUUUUUGUAUGAGCAGAAGCAUCUGUAUGAUCGAAUCAUUGCCUGCUACCUGAAGGACCCCUUAAGAAAGGAGGAGGUUUAUAACUACAUCCAUAACAUCCUGUCCAUGCCUGGCUACAGUCCAGAGGAGAAGCAGACCGCAUGGAACAAAUCCUUAGAGCACAUUAAGGACCUGGUUAGUAUUAACCCUGCCAAAGCGGCCGAGCUGGUGGCUGGUCACUUUCUCAGCGAGGUCGAGGCUAUCAUCACCGCACUACAGGAUGAUCAUUUGGUGUUCCAGUUCCUGAUAAACUUGCUGAAUCCAAGCGAUGGGCAGAAGCCUCAAGCUGUUAUGAAUCUGGGGCCUGAGCUUCACGAGCUCCUGGUGGACUUGAUGUGCCGUUUUAGUCCUCGCCAAGUCACCCCCUUCCUCGAGACAUCCCAGAGCUAUCGCCUGGAGGAGACCAUUGAGAUCACCAAGCAGCACGAGCUACAUGAGGCCACCGCCUACCUGCUGGAGAAAAAAGGAGAUGUGCAGGGAGCCUUCCAAGUGCUGCUACAGACCCUGAAGGAGAAGCUGAACACACUCGUCCAGGAGAGUUUAGAGUCGGCGACGCAGAGGCCCGAGGGAGAGCAAAUGGAGGUAGCUGAUGAAGAUUACACCCCACUGGCCAGGGUGGAGGAAGCCCUUAGUGAUAUCAUCGCACUGUGUCACCGGAGCUCACAUGGACUUAACCAGCAGCAGAGAGAGGCACUCUGGUUUCCUCUCCUAGAGGUGAUGAUGUCUCCUCAGAAAUUCCUCAAAGGGCCUAAAGCCAAGGACACUUCUGAUGCCCUAAAAGAGCUCACCAUGAAGGUGUUAAACAGCAUGUCCGGCUUCAUCGCCCUUCCUGCCAUCAUCCAGCGCAUCCUACAGGACCCUGUCUAUGGGAAGGGAAAGUUAGCAGAGAUCCAGGGCCUCAUUCUGGGCAUGUUGGAGACUUUCAACUACGAACAGACGCUGUUGGAGACCACUACCAAUCUUCUGAAUUCGGACCUGCACUGGUCUCUGGCUCACCUGCGUAAGGCCGUCAGCAGGGGACUCCACCCUCGACAGGACCACUGCAACAUCUGCCUGCAGCAGUACAAAAGGAGGCAAGAGAGUGAGGAGGAGAUCAUCAUCUUCAGCUGUGGUCACCUGUAUCACUGUCAGUGCCUGCAGCGGAAGGAGCAAGGGGUUGUGGGUAAAGAUCCCGGGCUUGCAGGAGAUCGGGUUCACUUGUGGAGCUGUUAUAAAUGCACGUCCAGUCAGGGAGCUCGUCCCGGAGACCGGCUGCUCGGUGAGGGAGGCCGAGCCCGAUCCACUUCCCUGGCCCAGACCAAAGUAACAUCCGUCCAUCGGGGAUCCGCUACCGAGACUCGUCACAGAAAGGAGCUGACCGAAGUGACGCUAGACGCCCAGCAGACACAGGCAUGGGACCAGCUGCGCUGCAUGUACAGAGGACCCUCCAGAUUGGCGAUCCUCACAGAACUCACGCAAUCCCACAGCAGCGAGAGAGCCGGCUUGCUGAACCCCGCCCACCCAGGAACAGGAAGCAUCUACCACAGCGAAAACCUCAGCCUCAAGCUUUCUCCACCACCCAUGGUGGAGGAGUAGUGCAGACUCCGCCCACUGUUACAGACCCGAAUAAAAGCAUUACUGUAUG